UGCGUCCGGGGCUUCCCAGUCGCGUACAAUUUUUCGUUUAAGAACCGACGCUCUUUCACCAUUCCCAUUCAGUUAGACUUUUAACUACGAGCUAACGCGGUAUCGAGUAUCAUGGGGUCGCCUAUUUCUUUAGCAUUUGCCGCGGUAUACGUUUCCAUGUUGCUCGCUUCGAUCGAAAAUGCCCUCGCAUUGCCACUUUGCCAAACUAAUAUCGAAAGGGAAACCGCGGUGCCAAACAUCGUGAGCAGGCUGGAGUGGCAAGCCAGGCCACCGGUUGACCGAGUGCCGUUGGAAGUGACGCCGACACCUUACGUGGUCAUUCAUCACGGAGGCAUAGCUAAACGCUGUUACGAUCAGAAAUCGUGCUCCGAGAUCGUAAGGAGUUACCAAAACUAUCAUAUGGACGAUAGAGAGUGGUUCGAUAUCGGUUACAACUUCGUUAUCGGCGAGGAUGGGAACGUUUACGAGGGUCGAGGCUGGGAUUAUGUCGGGGCGCAUGCACCUGGUUACAACACUCAGAGCAUCGGAAUAUGCGUUAUCGGUGAUUUUAGCGAUUUUCUUCCCAAUGAAGUAGCUUUGAAGGCGGUGGACGCGUUGAUCAGUUACGGAGUAUCCCUUGGCAAAAUCGAUGAAGAUUAUCGCGUGCUGGGACAUCGACAAGCCAGGAAUACUCUCUGUCCAGGCAAUGAAUUUUACAAGUACGUUCAGAAAUUUCCACGCUGGACCGACCAUCCUAUACCGAAACAUUGAACAACAUUGUCGUUGAUUACCACGAAGAUGACAAAGCUAAUAGCGGUGAUACUCCUACUCGCCAGCUGUCAAGUGUUGUUUUGUGCUGUGCAUAAGACGCCUGUACGUCCAAGUAUAAUAUCAAGAUCAGAAUGGGGAGCCAACGCACCAAAGUCAACCCUUAGGAAUCUCGCGGAGGAGCCUGCUCCGUUCGUUAUAAUUCAUCAUUCGGCGAGUGAUAGUUGCACGACUCGAGCGAUUUGUCAAGCCAGAGUGAGAAGUUUUCAGAACCAUCACAUGAACCAGAAAGGCUGGAACGACAUAGGUUACAAUUUUUUGGUUGGCGAAGAUGGAAACAUCUACGAAGGAAGAGGAUGGGGCAAACACGGUGCACAUUCUACGCCUUACAAUUCGAAGAGCAUCGGAAUUUGCAUGAUCGGCAAUUUUGUUGGUCAUAAUCCAAGCGCGGCUGCGAUAAAAGCAGUCAAGGAUUUGAUCGAGUACGGUGUAACGCUUGGGAAAAUACAAGAGAACUAUACGUUGCUCGGCCAUCGACAAACGACGUCAACUUCCUGUCCAGGCGACAGUCUCUAUCAACUGAUUCAAACGUGGCCUCACUGGUCGUCGAUCUGAUAAUUCUUCGACGGAAAGCAUCGUUGCAUAAUCGAUUUAUUUUAGUAUUUUAGCUGUAUCGUACAUGUUUUCGAACAGAAGUAAACGACGUUCGCAUCGCA